GAGAUUCCUCUUAGUGUGUGCGCGGAGGGAAGCCAGGAAAGGACUACAUGAUGAAGUUCUACUGCGGACUCCUGUUGUUUUGCUCAGCUGGUCUGGUACUGAGCUCUGAACAUGAAACUCGUCUAGUUAAAGAUUUAUUCCAGAACUAUAAUAAAGUGGUGCGCCCAGUUGAAGAUCAUCAUGAUACAGUUGUAGUCACAGUUGGACUGCAGCUUAUUCAGCUUAUUAAUGUGGAUGAAGUAAAUCAAAUUGUAACAACCAAUGUACGCCUGAAACAGCAAUGGAUAGAUGUCAACCUAAGGUGGAAUCCAGAAGACUAUGGUGGUGUGAAAAAAAUUCGUAUCCCAUCCAGCGAUAUCUGGCGCCCAGAUCUUGUUCUUUAUAACAAUGCUGAUGGUGAUUUUGCUAUUGUUAAAGACACCAGAGUUCUUUUAGAACACACAGGCCAGAUCAUAUGGACACCACCAGCUAUUUUUAAAAGUUACUGUGAAAUUAUAGUUACACACUUUCCAUUUGAUGAGCAGAACUGCACUAUGAAGUUGGGCACUUGGACAUACGAUGGUACAGUAGUUAUUAUCAAUCCGGAGAGUGAUCACCCAGAUCUGAGUAAUUUCAUGGAGAGCGGUGAGUGGGUGAUGAAAUACUACAGAGGCUGGAAGCACUGGGUUUACUAUGACUGUUGUCCUAACACGCCCUAUCUAGAUAUUACCUAUCACUUCAUCAUGCAGCGUUUACCUCUCUACUUCAUUGUGAACGUCAUCAUUCCCUGUCUGCUCUUCUCAUUUUUAACUGGGUUAGUGUUUUAUCUACCCACAGAUUCAGGUGAGAAGAUGACCCUAAGCAUUUCUGUUUUGCUGUCUUUGACUGUAUUUCUUCUGGUCAUUGUGGAGCUGAUUCCUUCUACCUCCAGUGCAGUGCCCUUGAUAGGCAAAUACAUGUUGUUUACCAUGAUAUUUGUAAUAGCUUCAAUCAUUAUUACAGUCAUUGUAAUCAACACCCACCAUCGUUCCCCAAGUACUCACACUAUGCCACAAUGGGUCAGAAAGAUCUUUAUUGAUACAGUGCCAAAUGUUAUGUUUUUUUCAACAAUGAAACGGCCGUCCAGGGAUAAACAAGAAAAAAGGAUUUUUACAGAAGACAUUGAUAUUUCCGAAAUCUCUGGAAAACCAGGUCCUACUACUGUCAGCUUCCACUCCCCACUCACCAAAAACCCAGAUGUGAAGAGUGCUAUUGAGGGAAUCAAAUACAUUGCGGAAACAAUGAAAUCAGACCAAGAAUCCAAAAAUGCUAUGGAAGAAUGGAAGUUUGUUGCAAUGGUAAUUGAUCAUCUUCUCCUUGGUAUCUUCAUGUUAGUUUGCAUUAUUGGAACAUUAGCUGUAUUUGCUGGUCGUCUUAUUGAAUUAAAUCAGCAAGAUUGAACAUGAUGUAUACCUCUGGUCUGGGGAGCACAGUUUUAUUGACAGCAUUGUCUUUUACUGAAUACAUUCUAUUGUGCCACCCAUUGUAUUCAGCCCAGCAGUCUGAAGUUUCCACAGACAAGAAUUCAUUCUCACUGGGAAUAAAUGGUGAAGAUAAAAACAAACCUUCCACAUUUAGCAUGUCUGGGCCACUUCUUGAAGGCUUCUCUUUCAAAAAUGCACAUUUUUGAGCUGGUAGUUUGACAGCCCUGGGGAACAGUCUGCAACCUGUUUGGAUACAUUUUAAUGCUAAUUUUAAAAAACCUAAAAUAUAUAAAUAGAAUGUUUACUUUAA